UCUCUGUUCGCCAUGACUCUCGAGGAGAUGGAGCUCGUGAAGGAGAUUGAAGCGAUAAUGGCGUACAAGUUCAAGGACUCCAAGCUCGUCAUUGAGGCCCUCACCCACUCUUCGUUUUACUAUCCUUGCAAGUCCGCCGCCACAUAUGAGCGCCUUGAAUUCAUCGGCGAUGCCGUGCUCAACUGCUUGGUUGCACGCGAGGUAUUUGUUUCUUAUCCUGACUUCGCUCCUGGGCUUCUCACCCGCCUGCGCGCUGCCAACGUUGAUACCGAGAAGCUCGCUCGUGUCGCCGUCUCACAUGAGCUUUAUCGAUUUAUCCGCCAUAAGGCUCCACAACUUGAUAAACAGAUUCAAGAGUUCAGGGAAUCUUUGCUCGACUAUCCAAUUCAUUCGAAUGGACUUCUCGACCCACCAAAGGCUCUCGCCGAUGUUGUGGAGUCUCUUCUUGGGGCUGUCUUUAUUGACAGCAACAGCUCGUUGGAGACAGUUUGGGAGGUUUAUCGAAGGUUAGCAGAGCCAUUGAUCAACCCAAAGACAUUAGGGAAGCAUCCUGUGAGCGAGUUGCAUGAGCUAUGCCAGAAGAAUAGAAUGGAAGUAAGGUUCUUGAGGGAAAAAUGGGAUGAAAGCACAUGCAUUGAUGUUAUGGUCGACGGCAACAUGGUCGCCAGUGCGACGUAUGGUAAUAAGAAGGAGAUCGCCUUGAACAGGGCUGCGAAGGCUGCCGUGGACUGUUUGAAGAACAUGCUUGCUAAUGAGAACCCUCUCUCACUCACUCAGACUGAUCUUUUCUCAUAGAAGUUUUAGAUUUCAAUUCAUGGAUGUCAUCAGUAUACCAUUUCAUUGUUGUACAGCUUCAGUUAUUUGUGAUGUUCAAUUUAUAGAAUAAUUAUAAAGUGCAAUUCAAAUUUUAUCGUUUGACUUA